UUCUCUGUGGUCAUUCUUGACGUUUGUGGUGGUCGGUGGCCGUUUGGCGUUUUGUAUUUACAAAGAAAUUAAAGAAAUUGCUUCUAAUAAUAUUACUGAUUGCGAUAUUAAUAAUAAUUAUUACACUGAAUUUUAAGAUUCGUGUUAUUUUUAAUUAAUAAUUAUUGUUCGCAACCCUAUGAAAGACAAUAGUGAUUAAUUAAAAAUCUCUAUUAUGGAUACUCCCAGUACUGGGACAAGUUCACCGGGCUUGAUAGCUCCACCUCUUCUGCCUCCACCAAUGCUCGGCGGCAUACCACCGCCCAUGCCGCCGUCUGUGGCCAUGCCUCCGGUGCCAGGGUUGCCUCCAAACAUGCCGUUAGCGCCAGCGAUGGCGUUUCCGCCUAUGAUGACGCCAUUUUCUAUGCCGCCACCUGGAUUUCCAUCUUUUAAACCGGAACUAACUGCACCUGCACCAGAAAUAUCACCUAUGGCUAACCAAACUUGCCCUUGGUCAGAGCAUAAAGCCCCAGAUGGCCGCAUAUACUAUUACAAUUCUAUCACAAAACAAAGUCUAUGGGAAAAACCGGAUGACCUGAAAACAUCGGCAGAGAAAAUGCUGUCCUCAUGUGUUUGGAAAGAAUAUACAACUGAUGCAGGAAGAGUAUAUUACCACAACAUUGAGACAAAGGAAUCUAGUUGGGUGGUUCCCACGGAACUUCAAGAAAUUAAAGACAAGAUAGCAGCAGAGGAAGCAGCACAGGCAUUACUUAACGCUGAAGUUCCGCCAGGGGAAGUCCCGCUGCCUUCCUCCCCUGCCAUAGGAUCUACUGGCAGCUCUGCUCUGGAUGAAGCCAUGGCCAAAACCCUGGCUGCCAUUGAUACAUCUCUAGCGAAUGCGAUACCUAUUCCAGAAGAAAUUAAACCAGAGGAGAUUGAGGCGCCUCCACAGUCAAAUGGAUCAGAUUCCAAUGAGCCAGAAUUACUGUACAAAGAUAAAAAAGAAGCCAUUGAAGCAUUUAAAGAUCUCCUAAAAGAUAGAAAUGUACCUUCAAAUGCGACAUGGGAGCAAUGUGUGAAGAUAAUUUCGAAAGAUCCUCGCUAUGUGACAUUUAAAAAACUCAAUGAGAAAAAACAGGCGUUCAAUGCAUACAAAACGCAGAAGUUGAAAGACGAGCGAGAAGAGCAAAGAUUGAAGACUAAAAAGAACAGAGAAAGUUUGGAGGAGUUCCUACUGAGCUGUGACCGUGUGACGUCACUCACUAAAUAUUACAAGUGUGAGGAAAUGUUUAGCAAUCUAGAGAUAUGGCGGUGUGUACCUGAUUCCGAUAGACGGGACAUAUACGAAGACUGCGUGUUCACAAUCGCUAAACGUGAGAAGGAAGAAGCGAAGGCAUUGAAAAAACGCAACAUGAAGAUUCUAGCACAAGUUUUGGAAAAUAUGACAGAAAUAACUUACAGUAGCACCUGGAGUGAGGCACAAGUGUUACUAUUAGAGAAUGCAGCUUUUAAAAAUGAUGUCAGCUUGCUGGGCAUGGACAAAGAAGAUGCUCUUAUAGUUUUCGAACAGCACAUCAGAAAUCUGGAGGCUGAAUACCUACAGGAACGUGAACAGGUCAAGAAGAGAAAUAAACGCCAGCAGCGGAAAAACAGAGACAACUUUUUGGCGUUGUUGGACGGGCUUCACGAAGAGGGUAAGCUUACAUCGAUGUCGCUGUGGGUAGAGCUGUAUCCCGUUAUUUCUGCCGACAUGCGUUUCUCCGCCAUGUUGGGUCAAAAUGGCUCAACGCCCUUGGACUUGUUUAAAUUCUACGUAGAAAAUUUGAAAGCGAGGUUCCACGACGAGAAGAAAGUGAUAAAGGAAAUUCUGAAGGAGAAGGAGUUCGAAGUGAAGCCGGACACCACCUUCGAGGAGUUCGCGACCGUGGUGUGCGAGGACAGCAAGUCCGCGUCGCUGGACGCCGGCAACGUCAAGCUCACCUACAACUCCUUGCUGGAGAAGGCGGAAACAAAGAACAGGGAGAAGAUGAAGGAGGAGUCUAAAGCGCAGAAGAAGAUCGAGAGCGCGUUCAAGUGGGCGCUGAGCGACGCCAACAUCGAGCACCAUCUGCCGUGGAGCGAAGUGCGCGACAAGCUCGACCUCUCCGCGCCCGAGUUUGCGGCCGUGCCCAGCGAGGAGGAGCGCGCGAGACUGUACAAGGACUUCCAACAUGAACAAGAAGAGAGCUGCAUGCAUUACCAUCACCCAAAACCGAGGAAAUCAAAGAGAUCCAAGAAAAAGAAGCAACGCUCUCGUUCUAUUUCACAGUCUCGAUCCCGGUCCACGUCGCUGCAACGACUGUCGCCGCCGCGACUGUCGCCGCCGCGCAUGUCUGUGUCGCGCUCGUCGGGCAGCGUGUCAGGCUCGGAGGAGGAGGCGCGCAAGCCCAAGAAGGCGAAGAAGAAGCACCGCAAACACUCGCCGCCGCCGAAAUCCCCAAGUCUGGAAGAGGGCGGCAUAUCGGACGACGAGCCCGUCAAGCACAAGGCCAGCAAGAAGACGAAGCGCAGCGCACCGUCGUCGCCCGAUCAGCCGCCGGAGCUCUCGCACAAGCCGAAGAAGAAGAAGGACAAGAAAGACAAGAAGGACAGGUCGGCGGGCGCGGCGGGCGCGGCGGGCGCGGGCGGCGCGGCGGGCGGCGCGGGCGGCGCGGCGUGGAGCGACGCGGAGCUGGAGUCGCGGCGCGCGGCGCUGCUGGCGCAGCUACACGAGCACGAGGCGGACUGACGCCGCGUCACGCACGUGCACAUCUUCAACCGCUACCCGCCGCGCCGCGCGCACUGCGCGCUCAGCCCCGCGCCGCCGCCCAUCUCGCCCAUGCCCGACACCGACACCGACGACUCCACCUCGUGAAUCUACGUUUGUUCGUGUGCUGACGAAAAAGAAACAUUUUUACCGCACAAUGGGCAUGAUGACUAGGUUUGAAUAUAUUGAUUUUUAUGAUACACUAGCGAACACCUACGACUUCGUCCGCGUGGAUAUCAAUGUAAACUUUCAAGCCCUAUUUCACCGCUUUAGAGUUUGAAUUUUAAAAAUUUUUGAAUCCCAUUAUAUUUCGUAUUUUUUUUUUUCAUAAUUUAUGAACAAAUUUUUAAAACUGUAACUCUAAAAAUGAAGGACUUUCCAUACAAACUUUCAACCCCUAUUUCAUCCCUCUACUCAUUUUAUUUUUGCAAUAAGUAGUAUCCUAUAACAUUUUCCGUAUUAUGGUCUUAAACCGUGCCAAGUUUCAUUUGAAUUUUGUAUAACCCUGUAGCUCCGAAAGUAAUGAUCGUAGAUACCGUGUUACUUUUAUAAAAUUGCUAUACUAUUAGCAUACUCUUAAUUUAUAUACAAUUUAAAAAAUUGUCAUCAUCCCUGUUGAAGUAAAACUUCUAUCAAAAAUAACAGAGAAACUUAAAAAGUAGUAGCGGUUAGUAGCGCCAUCUCUCGUGCCUUGCUUUACUUGACAAGCCCCUGCUAGUUAGUUCACAAUUAUGCCGUUAAACAGAUUCGGCGCUGGACUUACUUGUGUUGUGUCGUAGUCUAGCAGUGUUACUACAGACGGCCGUGAUAGAUAGGUGUGGGUUCGAAUCCGGUCCGGGGCAUGCACCUCCAACUUUACAUUUGUGUGCAUUUUAAGAAAUUAAAUAUCACGUGUCUCAAACGGUGAAGAUCGUAAGGAAACCUGCAUACCAGAGAAUUUUGAAGUCUGUCAAACCGCGUUGGGCCAGCUUGGUGGACUAUUGACCUAACCCCUCCCAUUCUGAGAGGAGACUCAAGCUCACCAAUGAGCCAAAUAUGGGUAUCUGUACUACUACAGAUGGCGCUUUGUAUCUCAUUUCGAUUACAAUUUUGCGUAACAAAUUCACCAACUUACUCCAAGUCCCGCGUGUCGAAAGAAAUUUUACUUCAAAUAGUUUAUUUAUUAUACGUAGGAGAAUUCCAUCAAGCAGCCGCUUAUCAUUUAUAAAUUAAUUUAUUUUAUUUAUUUUUCCUUUUGAUUAUCCUUACCUCAGUUAUACGGAAUCGCGAAAACCCUAUUUGCAACCGUUAAAUUUUCCAAAAGCUUAAAAUUUAACUAUUUAUUUGAGUCUGUAAUUAUUUAUUCUACUACUACUAUACUAUGUAUAUACAUUAAAUAUAAAAUGAUGACUAUGCAAAAAUAUACUGCCUAAACUCAAGACUUGUUUGUAGAUGUAGGAAUUUUCCAUAUUGUAUAUUUUGUAUGUGCUUACCCUGUUCUAAACCCUGUGUACGCCCUCAUUAUGUAUUUAUACAUUAAACAAUAUUCAUUAAAUCCCGACUGGACAGAUGUUUUUUUUCAAAUGUAACUUUUUUAAAUAAUGUUAAGAAAAAAUGGUUUGUAUAUAGUAAUUAUGGAUGAUUAGAUUGUUUCAAAUGAAAAGUUCGAUGUAUUGUACUAUAUAUCUUCUGUCUCACGUGUAUUAUGUAAUUUGAUAAGAUAAUGUUGUAAUUUGUCUACCUUUGGAAGUCAGUUUGGCUUUAGUAAUGUGUACAGACAAGCAUUUAACUGGAGCAUUGAUGUGUGAUAUGUGCUGGUGUUCCUUAAAUUGUUAUAGUUUGGCCAUUGACCUUUAAUAAUAUAUAAUUUUCUUUUCAAUAAAAUCCCAAAUUCAGAGCAAAUUCAACCUUAAGCAUUAAAUUUAAGGUUGAAUUUGCAAAUGCGACUACUUGAAUUGUGUGCCAAGAAGUUGUGUGGCAUUGUGUGGGGACGUUUUUUGUUCGCUGAUUAUGCAAAAGAAAUUGCCAGCAACAAACUGAGUUGUUCCAAUAUUUGCACUAUAAUAGUCUAGUCGACACUUUUUAAAAGGGUCUUGAAUAGGGUAGUCGACUCAUAUUAACUUUAAUAUAAACGAUAUUAAUUUCGUGUAGUUCAUGGAAUAAGGGUCCGAAAUAUACCGAUUUUAAUUAUUAAAAGUUAAGGAUUUCUUCUAAAACUUAAUUUAAAAAUCAUGUAUAUUUUUCAAAUUUUCCAAACGUCAAAACUGUCGUCCAUUUUGUGACGUCACUAACACACUUGAUGUACCAAGCGUCGAACUAAUUGUUAAGUAAUAUUUUUGUGAAACGCUCCAUUUGUAUGGGAUUUAUUAUAGUGACGUCGUGAAAUAGAACAGUUUAAAUAUAGACUGUCAUGGCCGACAGGCGUUUUGGCUCGUAUUGUCAAAAACAUAUUUAAAAACUUAAGUUUCAUGUAUCACGUCUCUUGAAAAUAUGAUUUUUUUUUUCCAGUCUAGUAGAACGAUAAUGAACUAUUUAAAAAAAGUGACAACUAGCCUAUAGUGGAUUCUUAAUUAAAUUCUUUAAUUUAUUAGAUUCAAUCGAUUAAAGCAAAUAGUUUAAGUUAUCACUUCUUUGAGCGUCCUGAGACGCACACGUUUUUUUUUAAUUUGCCUUUUCAGUCUACUUUCAGUAGCUAACUACAGUAUGUUUCAUGUAGGAUGGUGCAGGUGACAGUUCGUUUCACUCUUGUACGUUUGCCGAUAUUCAUGAUAAUUAUGAACGUCAUACGACUCACCGUACCCAUGCUAUCUGAAAAACACUUUAACCCGCUUGGUCCGUCAUCUUAUCAUUACGUCUAAAGCGAAAUGGACUUCCCAGAAUAUAUUGACUAUACCCAUAGGUCUGGUAAUUAAGUCCUAGUACAAAUUUCCACGAAAUAAGUAUUUGCGCCGUUUCUAUUUUACUAAGUUAAGUAUGUAUAUUGAUAGACUGGCUUAUAUUUUGUACAGUCUAUUAUACAGGGUGCUCAAGAGUAUUUCCCAUAACUCUAGGGUUAUAUUCUUUAAGGAAAAUUGAUCGAAAAUGUCCAAGGAACAUGUGUUCUAAAAUGAAUAUUUUCGGAGUUAAAAAUAUUUCUUUUGUAAAUAGAUCUUAAAUUGCGUCCCUUAUAUCGCAUCUUUAUAAUAUGACCUAGCCAAACUUAUUAUAAAUAGAUAAAUAUCAUGAAGUAGCUUACUAGUGAAGUGCCAAGUGCUAGUUGCAAUAUGUCAUUGAUAUCGACAGUCUUGCCACUAUGAUUACGUAUUUUAAAAUGCAAGGAUAGAUAAAGGGAUGUGUUCCAUGAACAGUCGAAAUUGUAAAAAAAGGUUUUUUUUUAAAUUAAUAUAAAUAGUUAUGCAGUUUGACUCCCUUAUGUGGACUUGUCAACACUUUGAAGUUAUGGGAAAUACUAUGCAACAUCCUGUAUAGCAUAUUUUUAAUUCAUGAAAUUGAUCUCUAUUAAAGAGGUUGACAUGUACCUGUUUAGCCAAACGUGAAUAAUAUUUUCACAUUUUAAUCAUGUUCAAAAGUUGCCUUGGCAGUGUAAAAUUAAAUUUUCGUUUUUGUUUCAUUUGCUCUAAAACAGCAAGCAGCAGGGUGGUUUAGGAAAAAAGUUAAAUAGACAACUCAGAAAUAAAAAACAAUCUAACUUUGUAUUUUAAUAUUUUGUGUAUUUGGCCAGAGACUAAAGUAGUUUAAUUUGUUUUAAAUUUAUAGGUGUGUCAAUGUUACAUGUCUAAUAUUAUAUGUAAGUAGGACUUAACUUUUAAUGUAUUCGUUUAGCGAAAUUGCUCGAUAGGCGCAGGUGUAGUAGCGAUAAUAAUCUUAUGUUAAAAAAACUAUAAUUAUAAUAUAUCAACAUCAACAACGAUAAA